AUGCUUUCACUAUCUAUUUAUGUAGUGGUUCGCAAGGUACUAUUAUGUUAUAAUGAUUUGAAAGCUUAUUAUUCAGAGAAAGGAACCCGUUUAAUGGCAAAUAUGGCUGGCGAUGAGGUGUUGCUAAACUGCACGAUUUCACUUGGCAGCGAACAAGCCGAAGAUGACGUCAUCUGGACUAGGGAUGGAAAGGCGAUAAAUCUUAACAAUACCGAUAAGUACAUCUGGAAAGUGAAGCGGUCUGCCGGCGUCGUUGUGCACACCGUGCGAAUCCAACGGGCUACCAUGGAGGAUGACGGCGACUACGCUUGCGAGAGCCGAUAUCAGCGAGCCAGUCAGAUCGUACAUGUGAACAGUGCGUUCGUUGGCUUUUUUUUCUCUUUGAACAACCCAAGAUUGGAAUUUUUCUGCUUACCUCCUGAAUCUAUCUAG